AUGUACAGCUUCAUGGGCGGGGGCCUCUUCUGUGCCUGGGUGGGGAACAUCCUGCUCGUGGUUGCCACGGCUACGGACCAUUGGAUGCAGUACCGGCUGUCCGGGGCCUUUGCCCACCAGGGCUUGUGGCGCUAUUGCCUCAGCAACAAAUGUUACCUGCAGACCGAGAGCAUUGCAUAUUGGAACGCGACGCGGGCCUUCAUGAUCCUGGCGGCUCUCUGCUGCUUUGUGGGGAUUGUCAUCGGGAUCCUGGCCUUUGCCCAGCUGCCCACCUUCCACCGGCUCACGCGCCCCUUCUCGGCGGGCAUUAUGUUCUUUAUCUCCACUCUCUUCGUCCUCCUCGCCAUGGCCAUCUACACGGGAGUCACCGUCAGCUUCCUGGGCCGCCGCUUCGGGGACUGGCGCUUCUCCUGGUCCUACAUUCUGGGUUGGGUGUCUUUGCUCAUGACCUUCUUUGCAGGGAUAUUUUACAUGUGCGCCUACCGAAUGCAUGAAUGUCGCCGCCUUUCCGGACCCCGCUGAGCCCGGGCGCCGUCCAGGGGGCCCUGGAGCCGUCCUGUCCCCGACCCCGGCCCCGGCCCCCUCCCCUUGGAUCCGACUUCAGUGAAGGAGCAGCAGGAAGCCCGGUCCCCGAGGGGCUGGGCUCGGGCGGUCUGGCUGCUUGAGGCUCUGAGGGAGUAGAGCUGGGCUGGCCUGCAUCUGGGGGAGGGGAGAGUGGGCUCGGACAUCUGGGCCCCCGGGGGCAGCCGCGGGAGCCGCAUCUCUGGGCCCCUGAAGAAUCUGGGGACAGGACUCUGAAUGUCUGGGGGCUAGCCUGGGGGGGGGAGGAUGGAAAGGCUUGUUCUGACCUCCAAUAAAACUACUGCGAAGCCCACUCGUGGUCUCUGAGUCAACAUUUGUCCAGCGGUUGUUGGGCCCCCCAGGGACGGCUCAGGAACCCCGGAUGCGCGACCGGCCAGACGUGGGGCUCGUGGCCUGGGGAUCGAGGCCUCUGUGCCUCUGGCGGGGCCGGGGGGAUGAAGGACUG